AUGGAUCCAUCAAACCAGGAAAAGCAGCGAGUGGUUGAGGAGCCACGGUUCCUCGACUUCCCUCAUCUUCCCAACGGAGUCAUCCGAGAUGGCAAGCUAAGGUUGAAUCGAUAUUCCUCUACCAUCACCAAAGACCAUGAUUUUCCAGGAGCGCAGGCAAUGCUGUACGCCGCAGGUGUACCUGACCGAGAGUCGAUGAAGAAUAGCCCGCAUGUUGGCGUGGCUGCAGUGUGGUGGGAGGGUAAUCCAUGCAAUAUGCAUCUGCUUGACCUGGGCAAGAUUGUCAAAAAUUCGGUUCAAAAGCAAGGUAUGCUGGCAUGGCAAUACAACACUAUCGGGGUCUCUGAUGCUAUCACGAUGGGUGGCGAGGGAAUGCGAUUUUCUCUUCAGACCAGAGAGAUCAUUGCAGACAGUAUCGAGACGGUCACGUGCGCACAACAUCAUGACGCUUGCAUUACUCUGCCCGGCUGCGACAAAAAUAUGCCUGGCGUUGUCAUGGCUAUGGCCAGACACAACAGACCUUCCAUCAUGAUCUACGGUGGCACCAUCGCCGUCGGGUACAGCAAUCUCCUCCGAAAGCCCAUCAACAUCUCGACCUGCUAUGAAGCAUCUGGAGCAUACAAUUACAAUACUCUAAAGCAACCAGAAGAUGGCGGAGACUUGACAAAGACCAAGGAUGAGAUUAUGGACGACAUUGAGCAGCAUGCGUGUCCUGGGGCAGGUGCUUGUGGAGGGAUGUAUACUGCGAAUACCAUGGCUACCGCCAUCGAAUCUAUGGGCCUCACACUUCCAGGAUCGUCAUCCACCCCUGCCACUUCUCCUGCGAAGAUGCGAGAAUGCGUCAAGGCUGCAGACGCAAUCAGAACCUGCAUGGAGAAAGACAUCAAACCCCUUGACCUCCUCACCAAAUGCUCCUUCGAGAACGCUCUUGUCAUGACUAUGGCGCUUGGUGGUAGCACAAAUGGUGUCGUGCAUUUUCUCGCCAUGGCUGCCACGGCCGGCGUGGAUCUCGCCCUUGAUGAUAUUCAGCGUGUCAGCAAUAAGAUCCCUUUCAUUGCAGAUCUGGCUCCUAGUGGGAAAUAUUACAUGGCGGAUCUCUAUGAAGUAGGCGGUGUUCCCUCCGUACAGAAGCUACUGAUUGCAGCCGGUCUUUUGGAGGGAAAUAUUCCUACCAUUACUGGCAAAACUUUGGCCGAGAACGUGGCCUCCUUCCCCUCUCUCCAGCAAGACCAAGUCAUCAUUCGACCUCUGUCAGACCCCAUCAAAUCAACAGGUCAUCUACAAAUCCUUCGAGGCAAUCUCGCCCCUGGGGGUGCGGUAGCCAAGAUCACGGGCAAAGAAGGCACCAGAUUCACAGGUAUUGCUCGCGUCUUUGAUAAAGAACGCGAAUUGGACAUCGCUCUCAACAAGGGUCUUAUCCCUCACAGUCCCAAUCUGGUUCUGAUUGUACGCUACGAGGGUCCAAAAGGUGGACCAGGGAUGCCAGAACAACUGAAAUCUUCGGCAGCGAUAAUGGGCGCCAAGCUUAAUAAUAUAGCCCUAGUGACGGAUGGUCGAUACUCAGGAGCAAGCCACGGUUUCAUCGUGGGACAUGUCGUACCCGAGGCAGCUGUUGGUGGCCCUAUUGCGGUUGUGCAGGACGGAGAUGUUGUCACAAUCAGUGUGGAGACGAACGAGCUGAACAUGGACGUUAGCGAGGAGGAGAUCAAAGAGAGGCUGUCAAAGUGGAAGAGGCCUAAGAGGACUGUCACAAGAGGAGUUUUGGCAAAAUACGAGGCUCUGGUGGGAGAUGCAAGCCAUGGUGCAUUGACGGAUGCCUUCUGA